GACGGCAAGCCGUAAGGUCGAGCGACUUCCGGUUCCGGUGUAACGUUCGGGCUCCGUCUCAGGGGCUGAAGUUUGUGAGGUGCUGUGUUGAGUAUCCAAGGUUGUCUCACUAUACCUUGUCCCUUCUAAAGAAUGGCCCUAUCCAAGAGGGAACUGGAUGAGCUGAAGCCAUGGAUCGAGAAGACAGUGAAGAGAGUGUUGGGUUUCUCAGAGCCCACAGUGGUCACAGCAGCAUUAAAUUGUGUAGGAAAGGGCAUGGACAAGAAGAAAGCAGCUGAUCACUUGAAGCCUUUCCUGGAUGAUUCUACCCUUCGUUUUGUCGACAAAUUGUUUGAGGCAGUGGAAGAGGGCCGUAGUUCUAGACAUUCCAAGUCUAGCAGUGACAGAAGUCGAAAACGAGAGUUGAAGGAGGUGUUUGGUGAUGACUCAGAGAUAUCUAAGGAGUCAUCGGGGGUGAAGAAGAGGCGGAUACCAAGGUUUGAGGAGGUGGAGGAGGAGCCAGAGGUAAUUCCUGGACCACCAUCAGAGAGCCCAGGCAUGCUGACUAAACUACAGAUCAAACAAAUGAUGGAGGCAGCCACAAGGCAGAUUGAGGAAAGGAAAAAACAGCUGAGCUUCAUUAGUCCUCCUACACCUCAGCCAAAGACUCCUUCUUCCUCACAACCAGAACGACUGCCAAUUGGCAAUACUAUUCAGCCUUCCCAGGCUGCCACCUUUAUGAAUGAUGCCAUUGAAAAGGCACGGAAAGCAGCUGAACUACAAGCUCGGAUUCAAGCUCAGCUGGCAUUGAAACCAGGACUUAUUGGCAAUGCCAACAUGGUUGGAUUGGCCAACCUUCAUGCUAUGGGCAUUGCUCCUCCGAAGGUGGAGCUGAAGGACCAGACGAAACCUACACCCCUUAUCCUGGAUGAACAAGGCCGAACGGUAGAUGCUACAGGCAAAGAGAUUGAGUUGACACACCGAAUGCCAACACUAAAGGCCAACAUUCGGGCUGUGAAGCGGGAACAAUUCAAGCAGCAGCUCAAGGAAAAGCCAUCAGAGGACAUGGAAUCCAACACAUUUUUUGAUCCCCGAGUCUCCAUUGCCCCUUCCCAACGCCAGAGGCGAACCUUUAAAUUCCACGACAAGGGCAAAUUUGAAAAGAUUGCCCAGAGAUUACGGACAAAGGCUCAACUAGAGAAGCUGCAGGCAGAGAUCUCACAGGCAGCCCGAAAAACUGGCAUCCAUACAUCAACUAAGCUGGCACUCAUCGCCCCCAAAAAAGAACUAAAAGAAGGAGACAUUCCUGAUAUUGAAUGGUGGGACUCCUACAUUAUCCCCAACGGUUUUGACCCUACAGGGGAAGCUCCCAAGAAAGAAGACUAUUUUGGGAUAACAAACCUUGUAGAACAUCCAGCCCAGCUAAAUCCUCCAGUGGAUAGUGAUACACCAGUAACACUGGGGGUGUACCUCACCAAAAAGGAACAGAAAAAACUGAGGAGGCAGACCCGGAGGGAAGCCCAGAAGGAGCUGCAAGAGAAAGUUCGGCUGGGUCUGAUGCCUCCUCCUGAACCCAAAGUAAGAAUUUCCAAUUUGAUGAGAGUAUUAGGAACAGAAGCUGUUCAAGAUCCCACAAAAGUGGAAGCUCACGUCAGAGCCCAGAUGGCAAAAAGACAGAAAGCGCAUGAAGAAGCCAAUGCUGCCCGAAAACUAACAGCAGAACAGAGAAAGGUCAAGAAAAUUAAAAAGCUAAAAGAAGACAUUUCACAGGGGGUACACAUAUCCGUAUUUAGAGUACGAAAUUUGAGCAACCCAGCCAAGAAGUUCAAGAUUGAAGCCAAUGCUGGGCAGCUGUACCUUUCAGGGGUGGUUGUGCUUCACAAGGAUGUCAACGUUGUGGUGGUAGAAGGGGGCCCUAAGGCACAGAAAAAAUUCAAGCGUCUAAUGCUGCACCGGAUAAAAUGGGAUGAACAGACAUCUAACACGAAGGGAGAUGAUGAUGAUGAAUCUGAUGAGGAGGCUGUGAAAAAAACUAACAAGUGUGCAUUGGUCUGGGAGCCUCCAUGAGGAAGUCAGGAAGAGCAUGGAAGACAGAUUGUGCAAAAGCAAGGAGGUGGAAGAUGGAGUGUUGUAUAUGAGAAACGCAGAGGAGUCAGUUUUGUUGGAACUUGUCUGAAGGGGAGUAAUGUGAAAUCAUUCUAAAAGGAUAGGUUGCAUCCGUAUUGUGAAGCAUUUAAAAUGCCAAUCAAAUUGACAUUUUAUCUUAGAGGGUUUAAUGAACCAUUGAAACUUCUUGAGCAAAGGAGUCAGACAUUUGCUUUAGGAAUAUCAAUUUGGCAGCUAUGUAGAGGACAUAUUACUGUAGAAGGGAGAUAGGAAAAUAAAUUGGCAGUCUAUUACAAUAAUCCACUUGAGAAGAAAUGAGAUCCUGAACAGUGGAGAGAAGAGGAUGGUUCAAGAGAUGUUGUGGAUACAAAGUUGACAAAACUGAGUAUAUGUUUAGAUAUGGAUGAGAUGAAAGUAAAAAGUAAAAGAUGACAGAUAGUAAAUCUGACAUGGAAAAAUGUCAUUGACAGAAAUAGAAAUUUUAGAAGCUCUUGAGUUUUGAAGAAAAAGAUACUGAAUAUGAGGUAUUAAGCAAAUAAUUGAUCAUGCAGAUUGGAGUUCAGGAUAGAGGAAGGCUGGAUAUGGAGAUUUGAGAGUCAUCUGUAUUGAUAUAAUAUGGCAGUUGAUGAGAUUUCAAGAAAACUGGACAAUCUUGGCAUAUGCUUAUACUUAGCAAAUAGAAGAUGAUUGCCAACAAAGGAAAUCAAAGGAGUAGUUAAGACAGGUAGAAAGAAAACUAAUAUCAAAAAAAAUCCGGGGGGGAGAGGAUAUAGGAAGGAAGAAAUGAUUACCUUUAUAGCCUGGUCAAAAAAGAUAGUUAAGCAGUGUUGGUAAAGAAGAGAGUAGUUUUAGUCAAGAUUGAAAGCUCAAGUACAAGGUUACAGAAGUAAUUUGCAUUUUAUUUUGAGAUGCAUAAUAGCUUUUUUCUCAGCAGUGUCUUAAUUAUAUAUUAAGUUAUUAAAAUGAAUUACCUGAUUACAUACCAAUCAGAUUUCUACUAAAAAGUGUAUUCUAUGCAUAUUAAUAUCGUACAAAAUUCCUUGAUGUAUGCAACAAGAGAAAUAUCUUCAUUGAAGUAUUUUCUUAUUACUAUCAGUUGAGUCUUAAAACAGGUAAAUGUGCUCCUGGCCCCGUUCAUCAAGAAUUUCCAACAAAGACUAAAGGGAACAGAUCCCCUAGAGUUGAUAAAGGCUUUCGUUUGCUUCUGUUUUUGCAAGAUAUUUUGCUGAUUGCAUCAAACUCCAGAACACUUCAGAACAUCCAUGAGAUUCCAAAACAGUUUCAAAGGGUUUGGCCUAAUUUACAGCUGAAUGAAGAAUGCCUAAAUGUCAAGAAAUGUAGUUGACUCAACAAUCCGUUGAGCUGAUCCAUUGGUAGAUGUUGGACAGUUUCUACAGAUGGAUAGUGACCUAUGCCUAGAAUUAAAUAAGAGGAAGAGACAAGGCUGAAUUAUAUUUAGGAAAUUCCCAGUGCUUUAAACAAUCUCAAGCUAAUUGAAACAAAAAACAGUUUUAAAUGCCAUUAUAAUAAUGUUUAUAUAACACUUUAAAGUUUUGUCAUGUGUGCAACUUAGGGAAUAUCAACAGUCUCUGAAAAAUCAAAAUUGUGAGUCUCUUAAAAGACAAUAGAAGCACCUUGAAACAAAUAAGAUACAAAAUUUUGUCAGUUAUUAACUGCAUGUAAAAUGCAGCAUAAAAUAUAUUGCUGAAAAUACAUAUGACCAGAAAAAGAGGUGGGCUUGUUAGGUAAUGAGUAAAGACUGGCCCAUGAACACCCUCACUGGAUAUUGCCAGACUAAAAAAAAAGCCUUGAAGGAAAAAACCCUAACACCUUGAGUGAAUCCCCAGUCCCUUCUUUCCUCUUACCCUCAUUUUGGAGGCUUUAUAGAAGUACCCAGAUAAAUAACCCAAGAAGAGAUUCAUUUUCACAGUUCGAAAAUCACACGAGUGGAGUCAAAGAUCCAUAGAGAUUAAAAUAAGUAGCACCAAGAAGAUAAGUUCAGUAGGAAAAUCCAUCCAAGGAUUGAAAAUUGCUUUGUCUUCAAGAGAUAAUUGAGUUGACUAUACUUCAUUAGCAGAAGAAAUAUGGGACAGAAGAAAGGGGAGACAGUUUUGGUUAUUUACUUUUCUGAAUGUCUCCCAUUUGAUAUGUUAUGAAAAACUGAAGUUUUGGUUUUCUUUUCUGUCUGUUGCUCCCUGCCUCUUUUCCCAGGGCACAGCCAAAGAUCGGAGCUUUGGAGAAAUGAAGUUCAAACAGUGCCCCACAGAGAACAUGGCCAGGGAGCAUUUCAAAAAGCAUGGGGCCGAACAUUACUGGGACCUUGCACUGAGUGAGUCUGUGUUGGAGUCCACAGACUGAGACAACUACAGUUCCCACCCAUUCCUUUCCACUGCCUUUGUCCCUCCAGCUUUCCUUUAUUCCUUCACCCCAACCUGUGUCUGUCUGUGUGCACACACGCACACAUGUGCGUGUACAUGUGUGAGAGAGAUCUCCAGAAAUUACCAGACAGACUGUGGGACUGAGGAAGAAUUGCUGCUUUGUUCCCAGUCAGUCUGGUGCUGCCUUCCUUUCCCUUUCUGUGCAUAUGAUUAAAGAAUUAUUUUUAAACCUG